GCCGCAAAGAGGAAAUUCUUAGCCAAUGCAGUACACCAACAAGAAAAGAUGUUGUUUCACCUGAUUAAUCUCUUUUCGGUCUGCACGUAUAGUAUGUGACUCCAUGUGACUGAAGCAGCACAGUUUUCAUCUAUGGCUAAUCUGGAGAGAAACAACAAAAUUCUUCUUGAUUUGAGGCGACAGCCUUGGAACAACACAUGUGCCGACUGUGGAGCUCCUGAGCCUGACUGGGCCUCCUACACGCUUUGUGUGUUUUUGUGUGUUAACUGCUCCGGGAUGCAUCGGAACUUACCCUCUGUUAGCAGAGUCAAGUCCAUACGUCUAGACCACUGGCAAGAUUCCCUUGUCGAGGCCAUGCGUCAGAGAGGGAACUUUGUAGCUAAAGCCACCUAUGAGAAAUGUGUUCCUGCUUUCAUCUACCAGCCGCAGCAGAGAGACUGUGUGGUCCUUAAAGAUCAAUGGAUCCGUGCUAAGUACGAGAGGAGAGAGUUCACGGGAGAAAAAGGCUACUUUCUGCAAUCUUACGGUGCAGACACUAUUGAGGCGACACUGUGGAAGAAGGGCAAAGACAACAAGCAGUUUCUCAAAAGGAUCUUCCUACUGUCUCACAAGGACUUAACUCUCAGAUACUUCACCAAAAAGGACUGCAGAGUCCCUAAAGCUGUGAUGAGCAUGAAGGAGCUGAAUGCAGUUUUCCAGCCAGAGAAGAUUGGCCACCCGCAUGGCCUGCAAAUCACCUGCUUGCAGGAGGCACAGACCAGGAAUAUCUUUGUUUACCACGAGAAUGGACAGGUCAUUGUUUCCUUUUUUAAUGCUAUUCGAGCAACACGCUUGGCUUACCUCCAGAAGAAGCAUCCAACUCUGCGACACACUGAGUUGAUACCUCAGAUAACAAGAGACUGCCUCAUAGAGGGCUACAUGGAGAAAACUGGACCAACGCAUCGGGAGCCAUUCAGAAAAAGGUGGUUCACUCUGUGCUCUAUAAACAGGAAGCUUCUAUACUAUAAAUCACCACUGGACGCCACAGAGCUGGGUGCCGUCUUCAUCGGCACAGAGAACUACGGCUAUUCGGUGUCAAUGGGUGGCAGACGCAGCUCCAGAGGAAGCCGCUGGCACCGAGCCAUCACUCUGCAGACACCUGAGAGGCAGUUUGUUUUCACAUGCGAGCAGGAACAAGUGCAGCGGGAGUGGUUCGAGGCCUUUGGCAAGGUUAUCAGUCAGCCAAUGACACCAGAAGAUUAUGCAAAUGAAGCCAACUUUAGAAGGUGCAAAUGACCUGAAAAACUUCACACCACACUAUUGGGAUAUAAAUUGUCAAAAAUGUCUUGGUAAGGUGAGGAAUUAAGGGGUGGGUGAAAUAGACCAAUGUUUGCAUGAUGUAACCCUCGUGUAAGAUGUUGUACAUAUUGUGCUUGAACGAUUAGGUAACGGAAAGGUUUGUUGACA